AUGACAUCUUUCAAGUUGAUAUCUUGUGCGGUAUUAUUAUUAAUUUUGACUAUAAUUUCGGCAACGGAUUUACAAGUCGGUGUUAGCGUAAAUAAUGAGUUGGCUUACGUCAAAAAUGUAAAGAGAAACGCGGUGCCUCUAAAAGUUCGAACUAAGAAUGUUUUUUACAGUCGGAAUGACACAAGAGUGAUACGGGGCAUAUCAGCAAUAGACCUGGACGGCGGUAACGCUAAGCCCACAAUUACUUCAGGAGGCGUUGGUUUCAGUUUUACGAACAUCAAAAUCAAAAGUGAACGCGGUGAAGGGCUCAACUAUCAAGUGCAAAUAUUUAUAUAA